AUGCCUGCCGGAAAGCAGUGGGAUGAGGAGGAGUCCGACUCCAGCAGCACUCCCCCCGACUCACCUGCUGCCAACGCCACUGUUCGCCGUGGCAAGUUCGACGACGAGGAAGGCGAGGACAGUGAUGUCCUCGACUCUUGGGAUGCCGCCGAAGACUCUGAAGUAGAGCGCGAGAAGGCCAAGAAGGCUUCCGAAGCCAAGGCCAAGGCCGAUGCCGAGGCUGCUGCCAACAAGAAGUCCAAGAAGCAGCGUAUCGAGGAGCGUAUUGCCGAACGUGCUGCCCAGCUCGCCGAUGAGAGCAGUGGCGAUGAGGAGGAGACCGAGGCCGAGCGCCGUGAGCGUCUCAAGCGCGCCGAGGUUGAAUCCGACCUGAAGCACGCCGCAGACUUGUUUGGCGAUGUCGGUCUCAGCAACAGCACGCAGACGCGCAAGACCGUCACCGCCGGCUCUGCCAUCCCCAUCGACCCCAAGGACCCAACCAAGACCAUCGACAUGGCCUCGCUCGCCCUCUUCAAGCCCCAGACCAAGACUCAGUUUGAGAACCUGCGCAACGUGCUCGUCCCAAUCAUUAGCGCCAACCACAAGAAGGCUCACUACAGUCUGUUCAUGCAAGAGUUUUCCAAGCAGCUGUCCAAGGACCUCCCAAGCGACCAGAUCAAGAAGAUUGCUAGCGCUCUGACUGCUCUCGGUAACGAAAAGAUGAAGGAGGAGAAGGCUGCUGAAAAGGGUGGCAAGAAGACCAAGGCUGCCAAGACCAAGACGAGUCUGGUCACUACCCGGGCCAACGCCGAGGACAUGGCCACCUACGAUGAUGAUUUCGGCGAUGAUGACUUUAUGUGA